UUGUCGGCGCAGGGCUCUGACGUAUUGUCGGAAAAUUUUUCAUUUUUGUUUAGCUCUGGUGUAAAUAAAAUUAAUAUAAUUAUAAAAUAAACAAGAAACUAUUUAUUAUCUACAAGAACUUAAAACAAGUUUAAGUGAAAACGACUAUAAUGUUUAAAAUUUAAUAAAAUAAAAAUAAAUUUAAUCAAUGAAAAAAUACACCCCCCACAAAUAACUACAACAACUACGAUUGUUUAGCAACAAUAAAAAACAAUAUUAUAAAUAACAACAAAACAAUAAUAAUUAGGAGGAGUUGGUGGUGUGGCAAAAUCUGUUUUGCAAAUAAAAAACAUCAACAGCUAAUAAAGAGUCAACUUGACGCCAGAUUUUGUUGCUGCUGAGCUUUUUGCCAUACGAUUAUGACGGCAAAGACCACUUCAAAUGCAAAAAUAGAAAUCAAUAAAAGAAUCGAUUUACACGAAAAAGAAAAAAUUGAAUUAAUUGAACCCACCACGGGUAAAUUAUAUUUUGAACAUAAAACGGAGUUGAUCUUCUGUAAACCCCAUUUGAUGCCCUUGAAAUCUCAAGCGCUGGAGCGUUUGGAAGAAAUGCAACGUGAUACCGCAAAACAAUUGCAAGAAAAACGUUUACGGGGCAGUUACACCACUAAAAAGAACUAAAAAAAAAUAUUUACAGUAGCAGCAACAACAAAAACGCCAGCAACAAGCACCCUUUGCACCUCACUCUACAUAGGAAUUAAAUAAAAAACAACAAUUAGAAAUAUUUUGCAAAAAUGGCUUAUUUACUUCCUUUGUCCAUAUGUUUGGCCUUAUGUUUAGCUGGUUUCUCACUCUACCGUUACGGCAACAUACCCAGACAGCAUAUAAUUGUAACCCUUUCCGUUCUAACGGCCUGGUGUUUUUCAUUUUUAAUCGUAUUUACUAUACCUCUAGAUGUAACAUCGACUCUUUAUCGUCAAUGCUUGCAAGAGCAUAAUAAAACUUCAUUAACUACUGCUCCCUUAUCGGCGGCAUCUUCAUCGCUAAACACAUCGAAUGAUUCAUCUGAGGUUGUCAGUUCUUUACGUAUACAUUCCGAGUGUCAACAACCUUGGGGUAUGAUACCAGAGGCUGUCUUUCCUAAUUUAUGGCGUAUUAUCUAUUGGACUUCACAAUUUCUAACAUGGUUGAUUAUGCCUCUAAUGCAGUCAUAUCUCAAAGCGGGCGACUUUACCAUUAAGGGGAAAUUAAAGUCUGCCUUGAUUGAGAAUGCCAUUUAUUAUGGUUCUUAUUUAUUUAUUUGUGGCAUUUUACUAAUUUAUAUAGCAGCUAAAGGUGUUUCUUUAGAUUGGCAAAAGCUAAAAGCCAUCGCAUCUUCGGCUUCAAAUACUUGGGGUUUAUUUUUGCUUGUACUUCUGUUGGGUUAUGCCCUUGUUGAAGUUCCACGUUCCCUAUGGAAUAACGCUAAACCAGGUUUUACCCUACAAUAUGCCUACUUUAAGGCAGCUAAACUAAGUGCUGAGAAAGCAGAGGCUGAAGAAAACGUUGAUGAUGUUUUAGAGUCUUUACAAGGCAUCAGCAGGUCCGUGCCUAACAAUCAUGAGUUACGUCCAUGUGUGGAAACAAUUUUACGCAAAGUACCCAUUGAGUUGCAGGAACGAGCAGCUCGUAAUUAUUCACGAGGAGGUAAUGGUGGUGGUACAUCGACAAUAGUACCCUCGGAGAAGGCAUUAGUUCGUAUACAUAGACAAGUUAUUAAAUCAUUACAAACACUACAACGUACCGAGGCUCUCUGGAGUGUACAAGUGGAGACAGUUUUCCAAUUGGAAGAUGUAGCCAAAAAUAUGCAUUCGGUGGAAAGGAGAUUUAAAUCGGAAUUUCCCCAGCCCAGAUCUCAAAUGGCUAGAUUGCUUUAUUCUCCUACACUUCACUGGUAUUGGUCGUGUGUGAUACGGGCUCCCGUUUUAAAAGCCCUCUGUGUUCUGACUGCUUUUAUGUCCGGCAUGGUAGUAUGGAGUGAAUUGACAUUUUUCCAACGUAGCCCGGUGCUUUCGAUAUUUGCCAAUGUCAUUAUUGUAGCAAAACACAGUUAUGAUUUCUUUACCAUCGAAGUUUUUUCCAUGAUAGUUUUGUGUUAUCUCUUCUAUUGCACCUAUUCCACCAUAUUGCGCAUACGUUUUUUAAAUCUCUACUAUUUGGCGCCGCAUCAUCAAACUAAUGAGCAUAGUUUAAUAUUUAGCGGUAUGUUGUUGUGUCGCCUUACGCCGCCCAUGUGCUUAAACUUUCUAGGUCUCAUACACAUGGAUUCACACAUUAUUAAGGAACGUAUUAUGGAAACCUACUACACUCGUAUCAUGGGUCAUAUGGAUGUUAUAGGCAUUAUAUCGAACGGGUUUAAUAUUUAUUUUCCCAUGUGCAUGUUGGCCUUUUGCUUGGCCACAUGGUUCAGUUUGGGUUCAAGGGCUUUAAAUGCUUUGGGUUUCCAGCAAUUCUUGCAAAAUGAAACCAUAGCCACUGAAUUGGUACAGGAGGGCAAAGAUCUAAUAGCACGUGAAAGAAGACGUCGUCAAAGAGCCGAAGAAGCCAUGAAUCGCCGACGGGAAUUUCCCAGAAGUGAUGCCAUGACCACUAAUGAUUACAUAAACAAGUAUCGUAAUUUAAGCUCACAUAAUGGUCAAAGUACUUCAACGACAGCAGCGGGAAUGCAACGUCCUGCAACACAUAUACCCUCAGAUGAUUUAAUACGCCAUGGAGAUAAUUUGCACUAUGACACUCUACCACGUUCAUUGUCGGAUGAAAUUAAUGAACGUUUUGGUGUUAGUACACAAGCUCAAGUUGCCUUUAAAGGUUCAUCGUCGGCAAAUCAUUAUCGUUUGGAAUUUGACGAUGAAGAGGAAACCUCAAAUCGUAUUGAACCACCCCGUGGUUUAUUUGAUGAUGUGUAAUCUCUUAGGCGACCCGUAUUAUUUGGCUCUCUUUAUCUCUUGCUCUAAACAAUACAACAACUAACAAAGAAGUAUUUAUUAUUGGUCA